AUGGCCCUCCCUCCAAAGUUUGCCGCCCACCGAGUCAUCUUCGGGAGGCCCGUCGCGCCUCACACCUCGGUGCCCCCUGCCGCCCAUGUCCUAGAAGUGUUUCUAGACUACUGUGUGCAGCCCUGGCACCCGUCCAGCACGCUACUGCACGAAUCGGCCGUCGUGGUGAACCAGCAGGCGCCCGAAAAAUUCUGGGACUAUAACGAGGCGCUCUUCGCGCGGGCGACCGAGUUCUACGACGUCAACGUGGUCCACGAGACGCGCAACCAGACGUACGCCCGGCUGGCCAAGCUCGCGGCCGGCGUGGGGCUGGACGAGACGAGGGUGCUCGAGGCGCUGCAGAUCCCCUCGGAGCCCGUGGAGGGCCAGCUGAACGGGGGCAACAAGGCCACCAACGACUUGAAGCUGCUAGUCAAGAUGGCGAGGUUGACGGGCGUUCACGUGAGUCCUACGGUGAUUUUUGACGGGGUGGUGCAGAACGAUACGAAGUCCACCAUUGGCGCGUCACGGAGCUCGAGGCAAACAGUACCGGACAUCUACACCGCGCCGGAUCCUAAUAAGCGAUAUGUGGUCAUCUACCAUGCCGGGACCGGUCGGGUUCUAUACCUAGGAGUCCUCAAGCUCACAACCAUCUUUCUCUCCGUCCUCUUCUGUGGCAUCUUCGUCCCCUCUUACAUCAUGGACGAUAAGCCCUGGCCACAAACCGCAGCCCCGCUUCGUGUCGUCCCUGCCCGCGCAGACCCGGCUCGAGGUCACCACCCUCAGCGUCAUCUCCAAGCCCCGCAUGAGCUACUUCACCGUCGGCGACAUGACCCCGCCAAGAAGCGCAUGGGCAUCGUCAACUUUGAGCGCGACACCGCGCGGGAGAAUGCGGCGCGGAGGUGGUGGAUGUUCAGGGCCGUCGGGGGCUUCAACGUCCAGGGGAGCAACAAGGGCGUCAAGGAAGGCUGGAUCUGGGACGCUAUUGUCGAAAAGGUGAAUGCUCGCGCUGUCAACCUUUGA